AUGGAUGUGACCUGCUUACUUGCAGAGACGAUGGUGUUGACCGCUUGGAAGGGAUGGGAUCUCCAUGCCAUGAAAGAUGAAGGUGAAAGAAAGAUCAAAUGUCAAUCUACAUUGAUGCGGAUCCGGGUUCCAAAAGAAAUCAGGCAAUUAUGCUCAUCUCUUCUAGAUCUGAAGAAGGCCUCUGCGGAGGAAAUGCGUAGGAGUGUGUAUGCUAACUAUACAGCUUUCAUACGCACAUCAAAGGAGAUAUCAGAUCUAGAGGGGGAACUUCUGUCUAUCAGAAAUCAUCUGUCUACUCAGGCAGCUCUAAUUCAUGGUUUAGCUGAAGGAGUUAACAUUGAUUCCUUGUCUACCACUUUUUCUGAAGGUUCCAAAGUUCAAGGUGUAUCUAAUUAUGAAGACAGUGAAUCUUCUGACAUGGAGAAGUGGUCUGAAGAAUUCCCUAAUCUCCUUGAUGUUUUGUUAGCUGAGAGGAGAGUGGAUGAAGCUUUAAAUGCCCUGGAUGAAGGGGAAAGGUUGGCUGCAGAAGCAAAAGAAAAGAAAACCAUGAGUCCAGAUUUGCUUAAGUCGCUACAAGCUGCCAUCACUGAACGAAAAAAAAGAUUAGCUGAUCAGCUCUCUGAAGCUGUUUGCCAACCCUCUACUCGCAGUGGUGAGCUCCGUGCUGCAGUUUCAGCUCUUAAAAGGCUUGGAGAUGGACCUCGUGCUCACAGUUUGCUACUUAAUGCCCAUUACCAAAGAUUUCAGUGUAACAUGCAAAGUCUUCGUCCUUCAAGCACCUCGUAUGGAGGAGCCUAUACUGCUGCUCUCUCUCAACUAGUUUUUUCCACCAUCACUCAGGCAGCUAGUGAUUCUUUGGCUGUUUUUGGUGAGGAGCCAGUAUAUUCCUCUGAGCUUGUGAUGUGGGCUACAAAACAGACAGAGGCUUUUGCACUUCUUGUAAAGAAACAUGCAUUGGCUUCCUCAGCUGCUGCUGGAGGUUUUAGAGCUGCUGCAGAGUGUGUUCAAAUAGCCUUAGGUCAUUGUUCAUUGUUAGAAGCUCGUGGUUUAGCUCUUUGUCCUGUUCUCUUGAAACUCUUUAGGCCUAGCGUAGAGCAAGCAUUGGUUGCCAAUUUAAAACGAAUUGAAGAGAGCACUGCUGCCCUAGCUGCUGCAGAUGAUUGGAUCCUCUCAUAUCCUCCAACUGUUACACGCCACUCUGGUAGAUCUUCGACUACAUCUGUUGGUUCUGGGAUGGCAUCCCAACAUAAACUUUCGAGCAGUGCUCAUCGAUUCAAUUUUAUGGUUCAGGAUUUCUUUGAGGAUGUAGGACCGCUCUUGAGUAUGCAGUUGGGGGGUCAAACAUUGGAAGGCAUGUUCCAAGUGUUCAACUCAUACGUCAACUUGCUUAUAAAAGCAUUACCAGGUUCAAUGGAAGAAGAAGGAAACUUGGAAGGUUCUGGGAAUAAGAUUGUUCGGAUGGCGGAAACUGAAGCACAGCAGAUUGCUCUGCUGGCAAAUGCAUUUUUAUUAGCAGAUGAACUGCUCCCACGUGCGGCCAUGAAGCUUUCCCCACCGAACCAGGCUGGUGUGAAGGAUGAUCCCAGUAAGAGGACUUCUAACAGACAAAACCGUCAUCCUGAACAAAGAGAGUGGAAGAGGCGUCUUCAGAGAUCUGUUGAUAGAUUAAGAGAUAGUUUUUGUCGGCAGCAUGCACUUGAUCUCAUUUUCACUGAAGAUGGUGAUGCCCAUCUUAGUGCAGACAUGUACAUAAACAUGGGUGGAAAUGUGGAUCAGCCAGAGUGGUUACCAUCUCCAAUAUUUCUGGAACUUUUUUCGAAACUGAAUAUAAUGGGAAGCAUAGCAGCAGAUAUGUUUGUCGGCAGGGAAAGGUUUGCAACUAUUUUGUUGAUGAGACUCACAGAAACUGUCAUCUUAUGGCUUUCGGAUGACCAAAGCUUUUGGGAUGAUAUGGAGGAAGGGCCAAGGCCUUUGGGUCCUCUUGGCCUUCAACAGUUCUAUCUUGAUAUGAAGUUUGUAAUCUACUUUUCAUCCCAAGGGCGCUAUUUAUCUCGUCAUUUGAAUCAAGUAAUUAAUGAUAUCAUAGCUAGAGCCAUAUCGGCAUUUGCUACAACUGGAGUGGAUCCAUUCAGUGUACUGCCCGAAGAUGAUUGGUUUACAGACGUUUGUCAAGAUGCUAUAGAGAGGCUGACUGGAAAAGCAAAAGCUAUCAAUGGAGAUCGCGAUUACAACAGUCCUAGAGAAGUUAACAGCCCCACUGCUUCUAUCUCUGCACAUUCAGUUUCAUCUCUUAGGUCUCAUGGGAGUUCCUAGUAUGCUGGCUUCAACCUUGUACAUUAAAGAGCAAAGCAAAACCAGUCUAGGAGAUUCUAAUGGGUCACCUGGCUAUUCUAGUGAUCAGCCAAUACAUACUCACAUACUUGUCUGCUUCUCCUGGGGUUUGUGGUGCUCAAAUCCUUGUAUAAAAAGCAAGCAUUUGUUAUUCCUCCACUGCUCCCCCCUUUGUUUCUGAGGUUCCAUUUUGUUUUCGAUGUUAUUCCCAGAUUUUUCAUUCUCUGAUUCAUGUUUGCUUGGUUGUAAGUAGAGAAUUUUUUCUUUCCAGUGUUGUGUAUGGUGUUCGAGUUUGUAAAUGUUGAUGAAGCUGUUCCUAAGUCUUUACUCCAGAUUGUACCAUUCUUUCACUAUUUUGUAUAAUAACCUAGUCCAUUUUUCGUCGAA